ACCCAACCCAACGAAACCCAUUCGAUUUUCACAAUUGAAAAAAAAAAAAUCAAAAAAAUAUGUAUAAAUAAAUCUGACUAACCACACCGGAAUUAAAAUCCCACCGUGGGGAGCGAAUUCCAAAAAAGAAAAAAAUAAAAAAAAUGGUGAAAAUGGAAAUCAUGGGAAUGGAUUUCAGCUGUGUAUUUGGAUCGUUAAGUAACGGAAAAUUCCCUGAAAAAGACUGUUUACUUCCCUUAAUUUCUAAACUUUUAGGUUACGCCAUCGUCGCUGCUUCUACCACCGUUAAACUCCCUCAGAUAAUGAAAAUCAUUCAACAUAAAAGUGUGAGAGGUCUUAGCGUUGUGGCCUUUGAGAUGGAAGUAAUUGGUUAUACGAUUGCUUUGGCCUAUUGUCUUCACAAUGGACUUCCAUUUUCAGCUUAUGGAGAGUUGGCCUUUCUACUGAUCCAAGCUAUAAUAUUGGUGGCAACUAUCUAUUAUUUCUCUCAGCCUGUGGGUAACUCAACAUGGAUCCGUGCAUUGCUAUAUUGUGGUCUAGCACCAACAAUCUUAGCUGGCAAAGUUGACCCCUUUCUUUUUGAAGCCCUAUAUGCAUCCCAGCAUGCAAUAUUUUUCUUUGCCAGGGUCCCUCAAAUUUGGAAAAAUUUUAAAAACAAAAGCACAGGGGAGCUUAGUUUUUUGACUUCAUUUAUGAAUUCUGCUGGUUCUAUAGUGAGAGUUUUUACCAGCCUUCAAGAAAAAGCUCCAACAAGUGUUGUUAUGGGUUCGGUUCUCGGAAUAUUGACAAAUGGUGCAAUUUUGAGCCAAAUCAUGAUAUACCAGAAGCCACAAGAGAAGCCAACAAAGAAAGGGAAGAAAGCAGAGUAGAAGACCAUAUGACCCUCUUAAAAUCCCAGCAUUCAUUAGUUUCUUCAUACAAAAUCUAUCUUUGAUCUGAUACAGCUCUUUAUUUCCGGCAUUUCUGAAAGUGUUCAUUUUGUCAAGUAAAUUGAUAUGGAUCUAACAAGUAUCUUGAAAUGAUAGCAGUUCACCCAGGUAGUCAAGUAGUUUUACAUUUGUUGGUUGUAUAAGGUGAUUAUAACAUUGUCGAUUGUUGUUUUAUAGUGUUUUUUUCUUUGUUUGAGUUGAAAUGCUAA